UAAUUUUGUGGUGAGGCUUUAUUGAAAUGUGCCACGCUUGGUGAUGUUAACUGCGCUUAUGACUCGUAAUGUCGAAGAACUGGCCAGAAACACGGCAAAAUUUUUAGCCAAAUCUUGUCGGAGUAAUGAUGGUAUGGAUAAAAUGAUUGACAAAUUUCUACUAAAAAAUCUUCGUCAAAAGCCAAUUCUGACAGCUUAUGGUUUCUUUUCGCUGGAUAAGAGCACAUUGUUCAAGCUUUUCACCACCGUAUUCACGUACAUGGUUGUCCUGGUGCAGUUCAAAGAAAUGGAAAGCACUACAAAACAACUGGAGAAAGGCAGCUAAAACCUAUGUUAAGACUUCAGACAUUCCACACUCAUACCUGGUCAGUUUGCAACUUCAAUAUCUGUACGAUUGUGUCUAUUCGUAACCCAACCCUUUUCGAAGAAUUGGUAAAAAUCAAGUGGGAAAUACUUACGAUGUCAUACAUUAAACAUCCAGUGGCCUUUGAUUUGAAAUUUCUUCGCCAUUUCCUGUAUUCAGCUUUAAUAACUGCCAGUUGACGUUUCCAAUA